UCUCUCUCAUGUGCUCCGUAUCUUGCAGAGGUUGCACAAAAAAAGAAGAGUACGAGACAAUCAAGAAGCAAAAAGAUGACAAUUGGUAAGAGUUCCCGGAAAAGUUCUGUGCGGAGCUCCAUCAGGGCGCCAAAGUUUCUGGACAAGUCGAGCGGCUUCUACGGGCGCCUGGAUGAGCCUGAGGUUGCGGGAGAAGGGGAUAGUGAGGCGAGGGGACAGGAAGUGGAGCUGAAGGGGACUGGAACAGAGGGGAGUGUCAGAGAGGACAUCUCUCAGGCUGAUCAAGGGGAAGACGCAUUUCACUUCAAUGAAGGGCUGAUGGAAGACGACGGGGAGACUCUCCUCCAGAGGAACACCAGCCGCCGGAGCAGCAGGUGGAGAAGAAGCUCCAGGAGGAAGCAGAGGGAGGGGAGAGGAGAGGAGGACGCGGCCCGGGAUGAGAGGCCCAGCGCGGACAGAGGGAGUCCGACCGACUCGCCCGUCCCGGAGGACAGCGGGGUGACGAUCGAGAUCAAGAUGGAGAACAUGGCCGAAGAGAAAGAGACGGGCGGAAGCGGGACGGAGCCCGCGCUCGUUCACUUCCCGGUUCGAGGGGACGCAGAUGACCAGGUCCUGAUCAGAGACAAGAAGAGGGGGAGGGAAGAGGAAGGAGAGGAGGAGAGGAAGAUAAAGAGGGAGCAAGAAGAGGGCAUGAAGAUGAUGAAGAGGAACUCUAUGAAAAACUACCGCAAGGCCUUGGACCGAGCCUUUCGUCGUGGCUGGGAGGCCUUCAUCACCAACCUCUACAGCGUCACUCUCACACCUGUGACAUCGUCCUCAAAGCCAUCGUCUUCACCGGCGUCAAAGAAGAAAGACCUACACCCGUCUGUGUUGGCGGAAUUUCAGUAGAACUGGAGAGCGACAUGAACUAUAAAAUGAAUCCUGCUUCAGUUUUUCUUUUCAUUCAAAUCAUGACUAAAUAAUCUUCCCUGUUACUGAACAGUGAUGGACGACCAGGCCUAAGACAUCCAUGGGAACUUUUGUGUCACUUGUUCAAAUCGUCAGGCCAUAUUUAUUAUUUAUGUAAUUUAAUGAGGCUGAAUUACUCAUCAUAAAGUUUACUGCUUUGUCUCAUCAUGGUGUACAUCAAUUUGCACACGCAUUGCAGGUAUUUCCUUUUUUUAUUUUUAACUGUUAUAGCCAAGCUGUUGAUUUGACAUUGAAGUCAAUGGGACUAGCUCAAGAGUCUGGUCUUUGUGUGACUGAGUUCAGCUGCUUCUGGUUCCCUUCUACUAUGUUGUUGUUCACGCAUUUAGUCAGCAUUGCGAGAAUGUCUUAAAUGCUUAACGUCUUAAAUCUGGUCCACUUUUAAGAGCUUGGAGCACGGAUCCUGUGGUUAAGCACUAUGACCCAAGUAAAGUGCUGAUGUGCAACCAAAAUGGAAUUUUCCGACCGUAUAGCUAUGACUGAUUAGUGGACUUAAAGAUGUGGAAAUAUCUAUUUCUGUAUGUUAAUCAAUACCUUUUGUUGCUGUUUGGUAGCUAAUCAGUGAUCGGGAGUUAAUGAUAGGAGAACAAACCUGCGAUUGUGAUCAACACAGCAAACACAUGCACACACACAUGCACAUCUGUAUGUUAAUAUAUGGGGAGACAUUGAAGUUUUGACCAGUGUUAACCCACGUUGUCAGGGCUUUUUCAAUCAGUACGGAAACACACAAAAGCUCUAAUGAGUUGAGAUAAUGUUUCUUGCUCUCUGUGUGUUCUGGUGAAGGUUUAUAACCUGAGGGGACAGAGCAGGCGAGCAUAUGUUUCCGUGCAUGAAGGAAGAAAACCAGAAUGAGCUACAUCUUGAUUAUAAUUAAGCACUAACAUAGAGCCCACUGUGUGAGUUUUAAGUUGUCACUAUUGCUGCACAAAAUGUUUCAUUUGAAAAGAGGAGAAUUUAUAGCCUUAACGAUCAGUCCUCAGGUUACUAAAACAAAGUAUGAAAGAACUUAUGUUGGUAUCAAUGCUACUGGAACAAGAGGACAUUGUACAAUUGAUUCAGGAUUAAUCUUAUUCAACAUUAAGCCUUAUUAAAAUUUAAUAUGAUAUCCUUAAAAUAGACUUUUUUGUCUUUUAACUGCUGCGUAUUUGUUUUUUUCUCGCAUUACAACAAGUGUACUUACUAAACCGUGUAGACGAGACUGAAAAAGUGGAGAAACUUGUUUUGGUUGUAAAUAAUGAUUUUCUAAAAAUAUGUUAAUUUUUUAUUAAAAAAAAAAAGAAAAAUGUUGUUUCAUAAUUGAAGCUUCUGAAGUCAUCAAUUGCAGAAGUACUUCUCUGAGUAAAUAAAGACUUAAUUUAUUGU